CCCCCCAAAUCACCCCAAAAUUCCCCAUCUUGGGCUUCUUUUGGUGUUUCUGACCGCCAUUUUGGUGGCCCCAGUCGCCAUUUUGGUGGCCCCCAUUGCCAUUUUGGUGGCCCUAACUGCCAUUUUGGUUGCCCCAACCACCAUUUUGCUGCCCCAAAUCACCAUUUUGAUGCCCCCAACCACCAUUUUGAUGCCCCCAACGCCAUUCUGGUUGCCCUGACCGCCAUUUUGAUUGCCCCAACUGCCAUUCUGGGUGCCCCAACCACCAUUUUGAUACCCCGACCACCGUUCUGGUUGCCCUGACCGCCAUUUCGAUGCCCCCAACCACCGUUUUGAUGCCCCCAAUACCAUUUUGCUGACCCCAAUGGCCAUUUUGAUGGCCCCACCUCCAUUCUGGUUGCCCCGACCACCAUUUUGAUUCCCCAAUGCCAUUUUGACGCCCCCACCGCCAUUCUGGUUGCCCCAACCGCCAUUCUGGUUGCCCCAAUCACCAUUUUGAUGCCCCCAACCACCAUUUUGAUGCCCCCAACGCCAUUCUGGUUGCCCCAACCGCCAUUUUGGUUGCCACAACCACCAUUUUGAUACCCUGACCGCCAUUCUGGUUGCCCUGACCGCCAUUCUGGUUGCCCUGACCGCAAUUCUGGUUGCCACAACCACCAUUUUGAUACCCUGACCACUGUUCUGGUUGCCCUGACCGCCAUUCUGGUUGCCCCAAUCACCAUUUCGAUGCCCCCAACGCCAUUCUGGUUGCCCUGACCACCAUUUUGGUUGCCCCAACCACCAUUUUGAUACCCCGACCACCAUUCUGGUUGCCCUGACCGCCAUUCUGGUUGCCACAACCACCAUUUCGAUGCCCCCAACCACCGUUUUGAUGCCCCCAAUACCCUUUUGCUGACCCCAACGGCCAUUUUGACGCCCCCACCGCCAUUCUGGUUGCCCCAACCACCAUUUUGACCACCCCGUGCCCAAUCCCCGCAGUGUGGCCGACGACUGAGCGGAGGAGACAUGGCGGUGUUCGCGGCGCGGGCCGGCCACGGGGCCUGCUGGCACCCACAGUGCUUCAGCUGUGCCACAUGUGGGGAGCUGCUGGUGGACCUCAUCUACUUCUACCAGGACGGGCGCAUCUACUGCGGGCGGCACCACGCCGAAACGCGCCGGCCCCGCUGCCAGGCCUGCGACGAGCUGAUCCUGUCGGCGCAGUGCACGGAGGCUGAGGGCGUCCGCUGGCACCUGCGCCAUUUCUGCUGCUUCGAGUGCGAGGGGCCCCUGGGGGGGCAGCGCUACGUCAUGCGCCGCGGCCGGCCCUACUGCGCCCGCUGCCACCGCGCGCGGCACGCCGAGUUCUGCGACGCCUGCGGGGACCCCAUCGGUGAGUCGGCACCGCGGCGGCCGGAAACGGCGCCUCUGCUGCGGCAAAACGUCUGAAAAUGGCACUUUGCUGUGGCAAAACGUCUGAAAAUGGCACUUUGCUGCAUCCAAGUGUCUGAAAAUGGCAAUUUUCUGCAUCACAGAGUCUGAAAAUGGCACUUUGCUGCGGAAAAACGUCUGAAAAUGGCACUUUGUUGUGGCAGAACGUCUGAAAAUGGCACUUUGCUGCAUCACAGUGUCUGAAAAUGGCACUUUGCUGUGG